AAAGCCUGUUUCUGUUCUCCGUGUUCGGCGCUGUUUCCAGCAAAUUAACAAUAAAACUGCGUUAUGGACCGAAAACUGGAGUCGACUAAGCUUCUCCAGAGAAUCCUGAACAUUGCAGUAUUUUAUUUAGUGAAAAAACAAAACGAAUAUCCCCAAAUUAAAAAGCGAAUACCUACCCAACGAACGAAUAUCAGAAGAGUCGAAUAUUCGAGUCCAGCCCGUUUGAUAGGGUUCUUUUAUAGCACCGUUUUAAAAAGGGUUCUAUUUAGAACCAAGAAGGGUUUUUGUAUUUACAGUAAAACUUGUAACAAUAGAAGAACCAUUUUUUAUUCUUUUAGAACUGUUUACAGAAAGAAUUUAAUUUAAAGCAUAAAGUGGUUCUAUAUAGAACUCGUGGUUCUAAACAGAACCACCACAAUCCAGACUCCAUACAAAACACUUUUUAAUAUCUCUGCACAUUAAUACAGAAUUUAGCUGAUCAGAAUUCAGUCAGUAUGGAAUGCAGUUCAGCCAAUCAGGUUUCAGAACAGGGACUAUCAGUUUUAUUAAUGUUCUGAUUGGUGGAGAUCUUGAUUUUAGGUUUGCUGUUAAUUACCAGCUAAUGACGGUGGCUUAUGGUGAAAACUUGUUAGAUUUAUAUCCUUAAUAAGAAUGUAAAUUAGAUAUGUUUGUUAUUAUAUGUUACGAGACGUUCAGUUCUGAGAUUAUUUGAAUACCAUAAAUAAAUAGACAGUAAUUCUGUAAUUAAAUACAUUCUAGAAGGAAAAUACAGAAAUAAACGCUUUAUUUCUUUCUGCUUUUGUUAAUUUAUACUGCAUCAUUGUUUUUGUUUUUCUGCAACAGGCUGGAGACUCAACGUCAAAAAACGUCAAGGUUCACAGUGACUCUUUGACAUUGGAUGUUUCCAGUCAUGACGAAGAAGAGAGCGAAAAGUAAAUGUUGUCCAUUUAUCUGCUGCGCUGCAGUGGAGGAUGACAUUGAAGUGCCCCAAGAAUCCCGUUUGCCUGCCUUUAGAAAGAAGGCAGGGGCAGCAUCCAUGGCACAGCUGGCAAACAGGCUGGAUUUGAACAAUCCAGAUGAGGAGACGAUGGUGGAUCCAGAUUUGGAUUCGGACACGGAGGUGACCGUCAUCUUCCAAAGGCCGAUAGAAAGCAUCUCUGAAAUGGAUAAGCAGAUUGUCCAGAUGCAGAGUGCAGUGAAAUGCUCGUUCAUGGAGAGCAGCACUGACGGUCCAGCUGUUAGAACGUGCCUCAGGGAAUUAUUUGACAUCACCAAAGGCACCUAUUUCAGCAACAUCCACGAUGAGGUCAUCAGAUCCAUGACAUUCAUGGUGCCUCAAGAGAUGCAGGCCUCUGUGAACGUUCAUACAACUUUCAGCCUCAUCUCCAGUAUUUAUGAAGAUGUGCUGAAAAAGAUGAACUCUGCACUUCUGGAGACAGAUGUUUUGACUGGGUCAUGGAUAGAUUCUGUUGUCCCUCAAAUCACUGAUAUGGCCAAAACCCUCCUGUCUUCCACUAUGAAGAAGCUGCAGGACUUUUUGGAGAUCUGUAAAGUGUGCGACUGGUUGAGAGCAUCUCGAGGGUCUCCCGUCGACAUACUCGACGAGCUGGAUGCAGUGGUGCCCACUCUAACCAGGAAGGUGGUGGGAGCUGCUUUUCAGUCUCUGCUGGGCAUCAGCUCUGAGGGGACAUCAAAAGAUGUGAUGGACUGUGGGUCAGAUACACCCCUAAUCAACUUUCUUCAGGCUGUGGCUGACAAAAUUGAGUCAGAGAUUUCCUCUGAAUCAGCCACACCAAAGCAGUCGAGCUGUCCAUCUGAUUCCAGUGUGGUUGAUGAACUGCCUUCCUCUCAGGGUCGAAAUGAUUUUGAUAGAAAAGAAAGAUGUGAAGUGGCCACCUGUUCCGUUGUGACAGAGAAGCUCCUGAGCUCUCAUCGCCCUCGCAGUGAGAGAGUUUUAGAGAGCAUUAUCUUCAACAAGUUAAAUCAGAACAGUGACGCAGACUCCACAGAGAGAGACACAGAGAGGCUCUUCAGACUCUCCGUUAACGGUUUCCUGGUCGAGUCGUCCAAAAUGGUCCACCACAUCAUUAAAAACGAGACCACAGAGAUGGCCAGGACUUCUCCUGUGUUCGACUCCACGCUGGAAAGCAGCAUGUUAGCUGCAGCCUCUGGAGUCGUGAGUGCUCUGGUAUCUGACCUAAAGAGCACCUUCCAGGAGGACUUUAAGUUGGUGGAUCCUUCACUUGAUCCAACACUGUACACCACCCAAAUCCAGAUGGUGUCUAAUAAAGUCCUGGAAUCCAUCCAAUCUAAGCUGAAGGAAGUGCUCAUCAUAUAUAUCUUCAUGAGAGUAAAUGGAGUCAUGAAGACCACAUAUGAUGCCCAGCUAAGAUCCAGCCUCCUGACAGCCUCUAGGGAGACACUGAAGAUCAUUACUGAGGCCAUCAUGGCAAUUCUCCGACGGUUCAAUGUGGCAGACUCUAUAUUCCUGUACAGACGAUUUCUGUGGAAUCUGCAGGAAUGUCUGAUCCAACCUUCACCAGAUCUGUCAGAAUCCAGUGAUGUGUCCAGUGAGGAUAGCUUCGAUGAAGAGCUGUACUGCCGGCCCCGGUUUCCUAAGAUUAGACUUCCAAAGCUCAGAUUUAAGAAACGGAAAAACAGGAUGGAAGCCACGACUGUUCUUGCUGAAGACCAGACCCAGAAUCAACCUCUUCCAACUGAAAAGCCAUCGAACGGUCCCACUUCAUCUGCGGCCGUCCCAAAGAGAAAGACCUUCUUCUCUAGAGUUUCUGACGCUUUCUGCAGGGUCUUUCGUAAAGGAGCCAAGACAUCGGCUUAAACACAUCAGCUGCCGAUGUAGGACACUUCCACAAAUUUUUUCAAAAUUUCUGUAUAAUUAGUGUUUAAGGUGUAAACAGUGUCAUUCAGAGUGGUUUGAUGUGAAAUGGUUCAUUGUAGAGAAACUUUGUCAGAAUUGUUCAUAGUGGUGGUGAUGGGAACCAAACGUCUAAAGAGUUCACUGUCUCUAAAAGCUCAAUAAAACCCCAAUUUUUUUCAGUUUUAAACUAUUUUACCAUCAUUAACAUUACAUAUAAAAACUUGUGUAGGUUUGCUUUUUGUUUUGGACACGAAAUAAAAUAGCUGUGUUUGCCCUGUAGAUAUUGCAACCCCUGUUUACCAUCACCACUGUAAAGAAAUCUGAGUCAGGAAUUUUCUCUACAAUUAACUGUUCCACUUCCAAUCUCUCUGAAUGCCUCAGUUUACAUCUCAAUUGAAUUAUGCAAAUGUUGACAAUUUGAUGUUAUUCCACCAGGAUAUGCAAAACUGAAAAUAAAAAAGUAGAAAAAACAGUUUUAUAGUGUGUCACAGAUUUAAUGACUAUAAAAUGAUGCUGAUAGGGUGGCACGAUGGCGUGGUGGGUAGCGCUGUCGCCUCACAGCGAGGAGGGCCUGGGUUCAAUUCCUCUCUGUGUGGAGUUCGCAUGUUCUCCCCGUGUCGGCGUGGGUUUCCUCCGGGUUCUCCGGCUUCCUCC